AUUUGCGGAUGGUAUUGCAGGAAAUUUUUUUGAGCCAUUGCGAUUCUGUUCGCAGUUGAAGUGAAAAGUUCAAGGUGCACUUGUGUUUGCAGAACAAACUCUUCAGCUGUGAUUAACGCCCCUGGUUAUUACUGAGCAUUCAAAUUGAAACAAAAUGAAAGCUCCUGCGAUCGGUAUAGAUCUCGGAACCACCUAUUCCUGCGUGGGUGUAUUCCAACAUGGAAAGGUUGAAAUCAUUGCAAACGAUCAGGGAAAUCGGACAACUCCCUCGUAUGUGGCUUUCACUGAUACCGAACGGCUAAUCGGUGAUGCUGCAAAGAACCAAGUUGCUAUGAAUCCCAAUAACACCGUCUUUGAUGCAAAGCGGUUAAUCGGACGGAAGUUUGAGGACGCAACUGUGCAGAGUGAUAUGAAGCAUUGGCCAUUCAACGUCGUCAGUGAUGGGGGAAAGCCAAAAAUUCAGGUCGAUUACAAAGGGGAAACAAAAACCUUUUCGCCAGAGGAGAUCAGUUCCAUGGUUCUUCUGAAAAUGAAGGAAACUGCUGAAGCGUACCUGGGAAAAACUGUUACUGAUUCUGUUGUGACUGUUCCUGCAUAUUUCAAUGAUUCCCAACGUCAAGCAACUAAGGAUGCAGGCACCAUUUCUGGCCUGAACGUUCUCCGAAUCAUCAACGAGCCGACUGCUGCAGCCAUUGCCUAUGGUUUGGACAAGAAGGUCGGUGGUGAAAGGAACGUUCUCAUCUUUGACUUGGGCGGUGGAACAUUCGAUGUGUCAAUCCUGUCCAUUGAAGAAGGUAUUUUCGAAGUGAAAUCUACAGCCGGAGAUACUCAUCUUGGGGGUGAAGACUUCGACAACCGCAUGGUGAACCACCUCCUUCAAGAAUUCAAAAGGAAGUACAAGAAGGACAUGGGGGACAAUAAGAGAGCUGUGAGACGCCUGCGGACUGCUUGCGAGAGAGCAAAGAGAACUCUGUCAUCGUCCACACAAGCGUCCAUCGAAAUUGAUUCCCUGUAUGAGGGAAUUGAUUUCUACACAUCCGUAACUAGAGCCAGAUUUGAGGAACUUUGUGCCGAUCUCUUCCGUUCAACCUUGGAUCCCGUCGAGAAGUCGCUGCGUGAUGCGAAAAUGGACAAGGGCACGAUAAACGAAAUUGUAUUGGUUGGUGGUUCUACUCGUAUUCCAAAGAUCCAGAAACUGCUGCAAGAUUUCUUCAAUGGGAAAGAAUUGAAUAAGUCCAUUAAUCCUGACGAAGCUGUUGCGUAUGGAGCUGCGGUUCAGGCUGCUAUUUUGCAUGGUGAUAAGUCGGAAGAAGUUCAAGAUCUAUUGCUGCUGGAUGUCACGCCUCUUUCGCUUGGAAUUGAAACAGCUGGUGGUGUAAUGACCAGCUUGAUCAAGAGGAAUACAACUAUCCCUACAAAACAGCAACAGACUUUCACUACCUAUUCAGAUAAUCAACCGGGAGUCUUGAUCCAAGUUUUCGAGGGAGAGCGAGCAAUGACGAAAGACAACAAUUUGUUGGGUAAAUUCGAGCUCACCAGCAUCCCGCCAGCGCCACGAGGGGUUCCUCAAAUUGAAGUUACCUUCGAUAUUGACGCCAAUGGCAUCUUGAACGUUUCUGCAUGCGACAAGUCCACUGGUCGUGAAAACAAGAUCACGAUCACUAAUGACAAAGGUCGCCUAUCGAAGGAAGAGAUUGAUCGGAUGGUGAACGAUGCUGAAUCGUAUCGCGCGGAGGAUGAGAAGCAGCGAGACCGAGUUUCCGCGAAGAAUGGCUUGGAGUCGUACAUUUUCUCGAUGAAGUCCACGAUGGAGGACGAUAAGUUGAAGGAGAAGAUUUCGGAGGAUGAUAAGAAAAAGAUCAAGGAGAAGUGUGACGAAACCUUGAAAUGGCUCGACGCGAACCAGCUUGCGGACAAAGAGGAGUUCGAACAUAAGCAGAAGGAAGUGGAGCAGGUGUGUAAUCCGAUCAUGACCAAGAUGUAUCAACAGGCUGGCGGUGCCGGAGGAAUGCCCGGUGGAAUGCCUGGAGGAUUUCCUGGUGGAAUGCCGGGAGGUUUCCCGGGCGCCGGGGGAGCUGCACCCGGUGGAGCGUCCACUGGUGGUGCCGGACCAACUAUUGAGGAAGUGGAAAUCAUUGCCAAUGAUCAAGGAAAUCGCACUACGCCUUCUUACGUUGCGUUUACGGAUACCGAGAGGUUAAUUGGCGAUGCCGCGAAAAACCAAGUUGCCAUGAAUCCAAGCAAUACCGUAUUUGACGCCAAAAGACUUAUUGGGAGGAAGUUCGAUGAUGCCACAGUGCAAAGUGAUAUGAAACAUUGGCCCUUCACUGUGAUCAAUGACGCGGGGAAGCCAAAGAUAAAGGUUACGUACAAAACUGAGACGAAAACAUUUUUCCCCGAGGAAAUCAGCUCGAUGGUGCUUCUGAAAAUGAAGGAAACUGCCGAAGCCUUUCUGGGGAAAUCUGUGACAGAUGCGGUUGUUACAGUUCCUGCAUAUUUCAAUGACUCCCAACGUCAAGCAACGAAGGAUGCUGGCACCAUUUCUGGCCUUAAUGUCCUCAGAAUUAUCAACGAGCCGACAGCUGCUGCUAUUGCGUAUGGGUUGGACAAAAAGGUCGGCGGAGAGCGUAAUGUUCUGAUCUUCGACUUGGGUGGAGGAACAUUCGACGUUUCGAUUCUGUCGAUCGAGGAGGGAAUUUUUGAGGUCAAAUCUACCGCGGGGGACACGCAUCUUGGCGGGGAAGAUUUUGACAGUCGCCUAGUCAAUCAUCUCAUGCAGGAGUUCAAGAAGAAAUACAAGAAGAAUAUGGAAGAUAACAAGCGAGCCGUCAGAAGACUGAGAACUGCCUGCGAACGAGCAAAACGAACAUUAUCCUCUUCAACGCAAGCCUCAGUGGAAAUUGAUUCACUGUAUGACGGGGUCGACUUUUAUACUUCACUAACUCGAGCGAGAUUUGAAGAGCUGUGUGCCGAUUUGUUCCGAUCAACCCUUGAUCCUGCGUUGAGGGAUGCGAAGAUGGAUAAAGCUGCUAUCCAAGAAGUUGUCUUGGUUGGAGGCUCGACUCGGAUUCCGAAGAUCCAGAGGCUAUUGCAGGAUUUUUUCAAUGGAAAGGAGCUGAAUAAGUCGAUUAAUCCGGACGAAGCUGUGGCGUAUGGAGCUGCUGUACAGACUUUUACGACGUAUGCUGAUAAUCAGCCUGGAGUUUUAGUCCAAGUGUUCGAAGGAGAACGCGCCAUGACAAGGGAUAACAACCUCCUUGGGAAAUUUGAACUUGCUGGAAUUCCGCCUGUUCCUCGAGGGGUGCCGCAAAUCGAGGUAACGUUUGACAUCGAUGCGAAUGGAAUUCUUAAUGUUCACGCUGUUGAAAAAUCAACGGGACGUGGAAACAAAAUCACCAUCACCAACGAUAAAGGCCGCCUUUCGAAAGAUGAAAUCGACCGAAUGGUCCGAGAUGCGGAAAAUUACCGAGUUGACGAUGAAAAGCAGCGUGACCGUGUGUUGGCCAAGAACUCUCUGGAGUCUUACAUAUUCUCCAUGAGGUCAACGAUGGACGACGAGAAUUUGAAACCUAAAAUCUCCAGCGAAGACAGAAAAACUGUGCUUGCGAAGUGCGACGAAACUCUCCAAUGGCUUGACACGAACCAGCUCGCCGAGCGGGAAGAAAUUGAGCAUCGGCAGCGUGACAUGGAACGCUUGUGUAAUCCAAUUGUGACAAGAUUGUAUCAACAAACCGGUGGAGCCCCGCCGUCACAUUCCUCAGUUCGCAGUAAUCGAAGUGAUGGUACAGGUGGACCUACCAUCGAAGAAGUUGACUAACUAUUCGCGUUGAAACUGAAACACGUGUGAAUUGUUGAAAAUCAAAGUGCAAUAUUCGACGAGGGUUUCUGUUUCCCUGUGGACUGAAAAGUACAGAUGUUUCUCCAAUUCUCCUGAAUAUUCGUACUGUAUAUAAAUUCGCUUUGAUCGAG